AUGACUGUCCUACUACUUGCCAGACAAAGGAAUUCGAUUUGGAACAAUUGUAACAGACAGAGGAAGAUCAUACCCAUACCAUAUCCUGUACCAUUCACGACCACACCCAUCAUCAGGUCGAGGGAUAGAGACGACAGAACAGUGAGCUAUGAGGAAACUUCCCAAGAAGAUUCCAAAAGAUUUGAUCUCAAAUACAAUCCUGUAAUAGCUGCUGAGUCUGAAGAAACCACCAAUUAA